AUGGCGUCACACGCAUCAACAGCAGCAGCAGCAGCAGCGGCAGCAGCAGCUGCAGAAGCAGCAGCAGCAGAGGCAGCAGCCGAGGCAUGGGGGAUUAGCCAGUGCAGCAGCAGCAGCGGUGGGGAUGGCAGGCCGGCAAAGAAACGCCGGGUGCUGCCGUCCCUGCCGCUCGCCCCUCCGCUGCAGCGCACGCAGACGGAGGCAGAGAAGGCGGCAGCAGAGGCAGCGGAGGAGCACUGCUUGCGGCGCCUGCGCAUGUGCCUGCGGGACGUGUGCAACCGGCUGCUGUAUGAGAGGCGCUUUGAGCCGUUUCACUACACCAGCUUGCACGUGAGCGGCAGCACUGGUGGGAGCCCUGGCGAAGAGGGGCACGAUGAGGACGAGAGAGGGGGACGUGAGGAGGCCGCUGCUGCUGCUGCUCCUCACGCUGCUGCUCCCGCUGCUGCUGUUCCUGCUGCUGCUGCUGGGACUGGUGCGGGAGAGGAGGGAGCAGGAGCAGGAGCAGGAGCAGGAGCAGCAGGAGGAGCAACAGUAGGUGGCGAGCCGGGUGUGAUGGACGUGGCAACGCUGCUGCAGCGAGUGGAUGCAGGGUGCUACAUGUGCCGCGAGCGCUUCCUCUCAGACGUGGACCGCAUCCCUGCUUGCACUAAGGCACUAUACGGUGAUGACUAUCAAGGCACUCGUCUCUACAGCAAGGCCUGCGCUCUUAGAGACUCUGCUCAUUUCAUGAUCUCCCAGAUCGAUCCCACACUAGCAGCAGCGUGCCUCGAAAUCUCCAAGACCCGCCCGGCCCCUCCCAUCCCGCCUCCCCUCCUAGCCUCGGCCACUCGCUCGCCCUCCUUCUCGCCCCCCUCCCCACCACAUCCCCGCUUCUCCCAUUGCAACGUCGCGCCGCGCUCGCUCUCGUUCGAAACACAAGCAGUGCGGAGGCACGAGCAGGACGAGCAUGGCGGGCGUUGGCGUGAGAGCAGGGGUGGGUACGGCCGAGAGGGCCGAGAGGGGUCUAUUGAUGUGGGGCUCUUUUCGGGAGGAGAUGGCGGAAGGAAUGGAGCGGGCAUGCGUCAGGAGCAUGAGGAAACACAUGGGCACGGGCAUGGGCAUGGGCAUGGGCAUGGGCAUGGGUAUGGGCGGGUGGAUGGGCAGAGGAGGUACGGGGGGGAGAGGUACCACGACGGGGGCGGGGAUGGGGAAGAGGGGGUGAGGGAAGGCGGAGGGACGGGGUCAGUGCCGUUUGUGCGGAGCAGUGCGAGGCUGAGAGGCGUGCGCGUGGAGGUGGACGUGCAUCGGUCCCCGGAGCCCCACGGCCGACGACCCAGGCGAGGGUCACGAGGAGAAACACCCACACCCGGGGAAGAAGAGGCAGCAGAAGCAGCAGACGCGGGUGGAGCAUUGGGACGAGGUGGCAGUGGCGGAGGAGGAGGCGGCGGAGGUGGAAUAGCGGAAGGGAAUGGGGAGAGGCGGAAGGAGGGGGAAGAGGUGGCAGGAGGGGAGUUGCAGGCGAAUGGUGCUGGGCAUGCUGACGAAAGGGGAGAUGGGAUGGAUGUUGAAGUGGAGAACGUGGGAGGACCGGGGGGGGUGCUGGAGGGCGGUGUGAGAGGAGAGGCUGGGAGCGGGGCGGGGAGGAGUGUGGGGGGUGAGAGGAGCGAAGAGGGUGGGCUGGGAGAAGGGUCGGUGGGAAGGGUUGGUGCUGGGGAGGGCAAGGUGGUUGAAGGGGGGAGAGGGAGGGACGGCGGGGGUGAUGGGGAAGUGGGGGCUGGAUGCAAGGUGGGCGUGGAAAAGGGGGAGGUAGGAUCUGACAAGGUGAAUGGGGAUAGAGGCGGUGAUUGGGGAAAGGGAAGUGAGGAGCGGGGAGGGAGGGAAGGGAGGGAAGGGAGGGAAGGGAGGGAAGGGAGGGAAGGGAGGGAAGAGAGGGAAGGGAGGGAAGGGAGGGAAGGGAGGCAAGAGAGGGGAGGGAGAGAAGCGAAGGUAGGGCGAGAAGGGAAGGAAGGGAAGGAAGGGAAGGAAGGGACGCGAGAGUUGGAAGGGCGAGAAGUUGAUCUGGGCCGACAACAACAACUACUGGAAAGAAGGAUCAAGGGGGAUUUGGUAGCGGGUGAGCAGGAGGAAGAGGACAAGGAGGUGGAAGAGAAAGAAAAGGAGGUGGAGGCCAUGCUGCUGGGACUGCAGCAGGGCCGAGUGCAAUGGGAGCCACGGGACGGGGCAGCGGAGGAGGAGGACGAUGGCAAGGUGGAGGGUGAGGGGCAGGGUGAGGGGGUUGCGCGGCAGAGUAGUUUGGAGGAGGGUGGAGGAGGGAAGGAGGAGCAUGCAGGUGGUGGGAGUCCGAUAGAUGGCGUGGUGGUCUCGGUUGGGACGGAUAAGGCGAGGGAGACUGCACAGGAGGCCAUUCCGAAAGACGUGCGGGGUGGGACGGUGCUUGGGCAGAAUGGGGAGACCGUGGGGAGGGGAAACGGGGAGGUGGAAGGGAAGGGGAAUGGGGAGAUUUUUGUGGGUGGAGGGUGUGGUGAUGGGGUUGUGUAUGGGAGCGGCAGCAGGGUGAUUCACAACAGUUCUGGAGGAGGAGGAGGAGGAGGAGGAGAUAAGGUGGGGAGAGAGGGAGGGGAGAGGGAUGGGGCGAAGAGGAAGGCAGAGGGGGGAGAAGCGGGUGUGGAGGGUAGAGGGACUGGCGACGGGCAGAGUGGGUGGGAGAAGGAAGGGAGUGAAGGGGAAAGGGCAGGUGGGAAGAAACAGGUGGUGAAGGGGAGAGCGUCUGGCAAAUGGUACGACGGGAUGGGAUUGCAGCACAUGAGCAAUCACAGGGCGGAUGGACCCAACCAGAGUCAUGGUGGUGGGAGAGAUGCUGAUGGGGAGAAGAGUGGGAGAGGUGGGGAGAAUCGUGCGGAAGAAGGUGAUGUGUUUCUGGUUGAAGGCAGGGGGCGAGAUUUCAAGUCCGGGGGUUACAGCAAGAGGAAGAGGGCAGGUUGCGCGGAUGUGGUGGUGCCUUUUGAGAAGCCUCAACUGGCGAGCAGGGUGGGAUUGGAUGGGAAGGAGGCAGGCACGGGCGCGAUCAAUGGAGUGGAGAGAGAGGAGAGGGUAGUGGGGGGAGAGAGAGGGAAUGGCGUGGGUGAUACCAGUUAUGCAAGGGGAGGAAGGGAAGGCGAGGGUGGGGAGGCGGUUUGUGGGAUAAGCGGCGACAGCAGUGGUGGCGGUGCGAUCAAGUUCAAGUCCUUGGGAGAGCUUACGAGAGAUGAGAAGGGGAAGCGUGUUUCUAUGCAUGACGUGGCAAGGGAAAGAGUCAGAGUAGGGAGAGCUGGAGCAGAGGGAGGCACAGCAGCAGCGGCAGCAGGAGCAGCAGCAGGAGCAAGUGGAGCAGGAUGUGUGCCAGGCAUGAGUGCGUUGGGGGCAGCAGGAGUAGCGGGAGCAGCAAGUGUGCCAGUGGUGGCAGCAGCAGGUUCAGGCAGAGCGCCGUUGCAUGAUGGUGUUGGUGGUUCGGGUGUUGGUGCGGACACUUCUGGUCUGGGUGAUGGGCCUGCGUCCUGCGCACCCAGGACUGUGAGAUUUGAUGAGGAGUGGCGGGAGGAGUGGGAAAAGGAGAAGAGAGCAGUUAAGGAAGUCAUGGAGCAAGUGCUUUGUAGAGUAGCUGACAGGACUGAUGGCUUGAUGGUGAGUCAGUUGGAGGAAGUGUAUCAGCGCAUGUCCGGCCCAAGCGCAAGCACAGGCUCCGCCGCGUCUGGCGCAGCGACCUGGUCCAGCUCCGCAUCGCCGUACAUCCAAGCGAAGCACUAUCAGCUCGUGGGCAAGGACCCGGACCGCGCCGUGCAGCUGUUCUCGCAGGCCAUCGCGUCGGGCGACCGCGUGGACAGCGCGCUUAAAGACCUCGCGAUCGUGCUCAAGCAGCAGAACAAGGCGGACGCCGCCAUCGCCGCCGUGCAACAACUCCGCCACAAGUGCUCCGACGCGGCGCAGGAGAGCCUCGAUAAUAUCCUAUUGGAUCUCUACAAGCGGUGCGGGCGCGUGGAGGAUCAAAUUGCGCUGCUGAAGCACAAGCUGGAUCGUAUCCGCCUCGGCGUCGCGUUCAACGGUCGGAAAACCAAGACGGCGCGGUCCCAGGGGCGGAAGUUCCAGGUUUCGCUGGAGCAGGAGGCGACGCGGCUGCUGGGGAACCUGGGGUGGGCGUACAUGCAGUGUACUAACUACCAGGCGGCGGAAUUCGUGUAUAGGAAGGCGCUGCGCAUCGAGCGCGACAACAACAAGGUGUGCAACCUCGCGCUGUGCCUGCUGAAGCAGCGAAAGGUGCGCGAGGCCCGCCGCCUGCUGCUCUCCGUCACCGGACCCAGCGGCGCCAACGCUCACUCCCCCAGCAGCACCACCAGCACCAUUAACCACGAAGAUGUCGCUGCUGCUGUUGCUGAGUCGGCCGAUGGUGCUGCGGAUGCUGCUGCUGCUGCUGUUGUUUCGGAGGCUUGUGUGGAAGACUCAGCGGCGUUUGACGACAAGGCAGAGCCGCACACAGAGGACGGUGCCGGUGCUCUGGAUCGAGCGCGCGAGAUGCUGCGACUGCUGGAAGACGACGCUGCGACAGGGCAGGCGGACGAGGAGGAAGAGCACGAGUCGCAUGAGUCGCAGGAGGAGCGCGGCGGAGACGAGCAGGCUUCAGCAGGGAACGCAGCGAACGCAAGGAGCAAAAGGAACGGAGAGGAGAGUGGUUCGGACGGCGGUGGUGAGAGGCGGGGAGACGAAGGGGGUGCGGGAGAGGACGAGGGACGCACGGCGACUCUGCAGGAGCUGUUGGGCACGGACAGCGCGUGGGACUCGCUGCUGCCCCUCGGUCAGCCUCUUCAGCCCCCGCCCUCUGCUGCUCUCGCCUCUCCUGCUCCCGCCCUAUCCCCGUCUUCUUCCCCUCCUCUUGCUGCUGCUGUUGCUGUUGUGGCUGGUCCUGGCGGAGACGAGAACGCGGGUCAGUGCACCCAAACCGCUGGUUCAGCGACGGAGGCGAGCAGUGAGCAGCUCAAGGGAAGCAGCAGCGGUAACACCCCCUCUUCCACACCUGCUGCUGCAGCAUCGUCUGGUGGCGUUGUCGCUGGUGUUCCCGUUUCUUCUCUCGGCUACAUGAUCCCGCCCAUGCUUCCGCCCUCCAUGCCGCUUGGCAGUGCUGCUGCUGCCGCCUCCCUGGGUUCCUCCAUGCACCUAUUUGGUGAGAACAACGGCAUAGCCGCAUCCCCUGCUGUUACGGCGGCUGCUGCCGCUGCUGCUUCAUCUCAUGUGUCGCUUGCCUAUGCGCGGCAGCAGCAGCAGCAGCAGCAGCAACGCCAGCAGCAGCAGCAGCGGCAAGCACAAGCAGCAGCGGCGUCACUGCAAGACGGGGCAGCGAGUGGUGGUAAAGGAGUGCUUGCCUCCGCCACUGCAACCGGUGCCGGCAGAACCAGAUGCCCCCAGCUUGGCAAGGCAGGGCCUUACAAGGCGAGAAUGGCAGGUGGUGGUGUUGGUGGCGGCAGUAGCCUGAGUGGUGUUGGGCGCACAGCCUCUUCUCCACCCUGCCCCGGUGCAUCGUCUGCUGCUGGCCUGACCUCCCCUCCUUCCGCUCACAUGCCUUGGCACCUCAAGCAGCAGCAGCAGCAGUGGCAGCAGGAGAUGGUGAUGCAGCAUGGUGGGAAUGGCGGUGUAUGGAUGAAUGGGUACGAUUCAUACGACUCCGACCUCAUCUCGAUGGGCCCAGUGGACGACAUGUAUGGUGUUUCCGAGGCCAUGGGUCUAACAUGUGGUGGUGACGACAUGUUCAUGUCGGCUGCAUCAUCAGAGUUCAACCACCCAUGCCAUCCGCAUGUCGUGCAAGCAACCGCGCCUGCUGCUGCCCGGACUGUAACAUUUGACCUGCCCGAGAGUCUGGACCUGGAGGAAGGCGAGGAGGAGAGGGAGGAGGCGGGGUCAGAGAGGCUGCUGGUGGCGGCGGCUGCGGCAGCGGAAUGGAGGCAGACGAGGCUGGCAGGAAUGGCCAGGUGCUCUGAGAUGGCUCUGGGGCUGUAUGAAGAUGAAGACUAUACGCCUUAUGACGCCCAUGCCCACGCCCAGGCCGCUGCUGCUGCGGCUGCCGCUGAGGCUGCAGCAGCAGCCGUCUCUGCUGCUGCUAAUGCCGCUGUGGCUCCUGGUGCUGGUUCUUCUGGUGCUGGAGUUUCUGGUGGGGAGGAUGUGUUUGCGUCUGAUGGGCUGGAGGAAGGAGGUGGUUCCGGCCGCACGAUCAGCAGCAGCAGCAGCGCCAGCAGUGCUAGCAGCUGUGGUCGCGGCCGGGAUUGGAUCUGCGGGCGUGGCGAGUGGGGUGAUGAGUCGGAUGAUGAUGAGGAGGGAGGAUAUGCAGAUGCGGACGGCAUUGCCGCCGCCUCUGCUGCUGCUUCUGCUGCUGCUGCCGCUACUACUUACGCUUCUGCUUACGGCAUGUGUGGUGCGGGAGGGGCGGGCGUCCCUCGUUCAGUGUAUGAUAUGUCAAGCCUUGCUGCUACCAAGACAUUUGGCAGUGCCGCAUACAACCCAGCUCAAGCUGGUGUCGCUAAUUCCGCGGGGUUUUCGACUAUGGCGGGCAAGUCAACCCCUGAAUGUGGGCCAAUUUCGCCUGAACUAUGCUCCAAGCUUGGAUGGUUCAACCAGGGAGUUUCCCCUGACAGCACGAGCAGCAGCAGCUGCCCUGGCAGUGGUCAAAUGAGCCCGAACCUGCUGCCAGCAGGUUUGGAGCAUGCAGGAGUUAUUGUGCGGAAGGGUGGUAACAUCGUCGUCGACGACCUGGAACAGCUUUGUCGCUCCACGGCGAAACUCGAAUCGUCGGCACACGAGUUGACAGACUCCUGCUUCAGUUACAACUUCGAAUCAGUGGAGAGUGUUGUUCGCAACAUCAUUUUCGAGUCUAAACCGGACGGCUUUGAACGUCCUGCCGCCAACAACCAGAUUGGUUCGGCAGUCUUGUCUGAGAAAGAUACCAAUUGCGUGCUGACGUGGCGCGACGACUUGAACGGAGGUGGGUCCAGGCUGCCCGUUUUUGCCCGGCUUGCGAAAUGA